AUGAUUGAUUAUGAUCAGGACGAGUGGGUAAUCUCCCGAGUCUUUCAGAAGAGCUGCGGUGGAGCUGCUGCGAGCAGUGGAAACAUCACCAAGAAAAACCGCUUCGACACCACUAUCAAUCUCUACACAGAAGCCAACUCCCCAUCUUCAGUCUCUCUCCCUCCCCUCCUUGAUGCGACCACUACCAUUACCACCACAACUCUCAAUGACCGUGACAGCUGCUCUUACGACAACCACACUCAGCACGAGCACGUGUCCUGUUUCUCCACCAUUGCAGCUGCUGCUUAUGCCGCUGCUAAUAACAACACUAACUUUGAUAUUGCUCAACUGCCUCCACCUCCAAUGACUGAUCCAUUCUCAACAUUCCCUGGAAACACUGGUGUCAAUUGCUUCCCAAGUUUGAGGUCCAUUCAGGAAAAUCUUCAGCUGCCCUUCCUUUUUGCCUCCCCAGCCUCUGCUGUGGCUGUACCGCCGUUUCAUGGCGGUGGUGCCACCACCACCAUGAAUUGGAUGGUAAACCCCUGAGGAGGGGCCGGGAGGGUUGGUGGUGCUGGUUGCAUGUGGACUUCUCGAGUUUCCAAAGCCAGAGAUGAACACUAGUUAUGUGUUGACUGCUAAAAUUGUCUGCAUAUUUUUCUUUAAUGAUUUCUGUAUUAUUUGUACUAAUUAAGUGGCCUGAUAAUAGCCAGGGCAGGAUUUGGUAAUCGAUCUUGUUGUCAGAUGUCAGUAUCAGUAGGAAUUACUGGUUUAUGUGUGAUGAUUAUCUCUUAAUUUGGAAAGUGACUUUGUAAUGUCCCA